AAGGCGGGAACCCUCCUCUUCUCGAAAAAGCAAAACCCCGCAAAUUUCAAUUCAGUCUGUCACGUUUCGGAAUCCCGCAAAACCGACUCCCUUCAUUUCUUCACCUUCACCUCCGCUCGCUCCCCGGCCGCCACUAAGACCACCGAUGUCCGGCGGCGGACGAGCCAUCAACGUCCUGAGCGUGGCGGAGAAGCCAUCGGUGGCGAAGUCGGUAGCCACCCUGCUGUCGAGGGCCCAGGGGAUGCGGGUCCGGGAAGGGCGGUCGCGGUACAACAAGAUCUUCGAGUUCGACUACAGCAUCAGGGGGCAGCACUGCCGCAUGCUGGUCACCUCCGUCACUGGCCACCUCAUGGAGCUCGAUUUCGAGGAGCGGUUCCGCAAGUGGCACUCCUGCGAUCCCGCCGAUCUCUACGCCGCUCCCGUCCGCAAGUUCGUCCCUCAAGACAAAAUGGAUAUAAAGAGGACAUUGGAAGAGGAAGCCAGAAGGUGCCAGUGGCUUGUGUUAUGGCUUGAUUGCGAUAGGGAAGGCGAAAACAUAGCAUUUGAAGUUAUCGACAUAUGCACCGCAGUAAACUGUAAUCUGACCAUAAAAAGGGCUCGGUUCUCUGCUUUGAUUGAAAGGGAAAUACAUGACUCUGUGCAGAAUCUUGUUGAACCCAACCAAUGGUUUGCUGAUGCCGUGGAUGCAAGGCAAGAAAUAGACCUCAGGAUAGGUGCAUCUUUUACAAGGUUCCAGACUAUGCUGCUAAGAGACGCAUUUGUCAUUGACUCUGCUGCAGAUGACCGAAAUCUAGUCCUAAGUUAUGGUCCAUGUCAAUUCCCUACACUUGGCUUUGUGGUGGAACGAUUUUGGGAGAUACAAUCUCAUGAACCUGAGGAGUUUUGGACAAUUAACUGUUCUCACAGAUCUGAAGAGGGCAUUGUGACAUUCAACUGGAUGCGUGGACAUCUCUUUGAUUACACUUGCGCAGCUAUAAUUUAUGAGAUGUGUGUCGAGGAGCCAUCUGCAACUGUCACAAGGGUUAGGCAGCAGGAGAAAUUCAAGUAUCCUCCACAUCCUUUGAGUACCAUUGAGAUGGAAAAACGUGCUUCUAGAUAUUUCCGGAUGAGCUCUGAGCAUACCAUGAAGGUUUCGGAAGAGCUUUAUCAAGCAGGUUUUAUAAGUUACCCUCGUACUGAAACUGACAAUUUCUCUGCCAGGACUGAUUUGCAUGCUAUUGCGCAAGAGCAACAAGGGCAUCCUGUAUGGGGAUCAUAUGCACAGCGUCUACUGGACCCCAGUUCAGGUCUCUGGAGAAACCCCAGCAAUGGUGGCCAUGAUGAUAAGGCCCAUCCACCAAUUCAUCCUACAAAAUUUUCUGGUGGGGAGACAAAUUGGAGUCAGGACCAUCAUAGACUGUAUGAAUUGGUCGUUCGCCAUUUCCUGGCAUGUGUUUCGCAGCCAGCCAUUGGGGCAGAGACCACUGUUGACAUUGAUAUUGCUGGUGAGCAGUUUGUUGCAUCAGGGCGCGUGAUUAUUGCUAAAAAUUACUUGGAUGUUUACCGGUUUGAAUCGUGGGGAGGUUCAGUGAUCCCAACUUAUGUACCUGGACAGCAGUUCAUCCCAACAACUUUGACAUUGGAUUCAGGAGUUACCAGGCCCCCGCCGCUUUUAAGCGAAGCUGACUUACUGAAUUGCAUGGACAAGGCUGGCAUUGGCACUGAUGCCACAAUGCAUGAUCACAUAAAGAAGCUACUUGAUAGGUUCUAUGCGACCAAAGACCAGAACAUGCGCUUCUCACCAACUAACCUGGGUGAGGCUCUAGUCAUGGGAUAUGAUGACAUGGGGUACAAGCUUUGGAAGCCUAACCUCAGGUCAAUGAUGGAAUUUGACAUGAGGGCAGUUAGUGAGGGUUCCAAGACGAAAGCUGAAGUUCUGGAAACCUGCUUGCAGCAGAUGAAAGCUUGCUUUGUAGAUGCCAGGUCAAGUAAACAAAAACUGAUGGAAGCCAUGGCUGUGUUUUUUGAGAGAGCCGCUCGAACAGCUAGAGAUGAGCAGCAUAUGAUGGGAGAAGUUGUUCGGUUAUGUGGACUCUGUCAUCAAUCAAAUAUGGUGCUCAAGCGUAAUCGGGAUGGCAAUUUGAUGGUUGGCUGCCUCGGCUUUCCACAGUGUAGGAAUGUUGUAUGGCUUCCUGGGUCAGUAUCAGAAGCAGUUGUGACGGCCAAUAUUUGCAAUUCUUGCCGUCCAGGUCCUGUCUAUAUGAUUCAGUUUAAGUUUCGUCGGUUGGAAAUUCCUCCAAACUACAGUGUCGACCAUCUAGGAUGCAUUGGUGGAUGUGAUGACACUCUUCAACAGUUAACAGAAAUAUGUGGAACGGGUUCUCGUAUGUCAGCAGCAAGAGCAGGAGCGCCCACUCCUUCGUCGACUUCUGUCCAUAGGACUAACAGUAGACAGCAGGCUUGCAGCAACUGCCGGCAAUUGGGGCAUUCUUCCACCAGUUGUCCCUCAGUCACUUCUGGCACUCGAAAUUCUCGGUCUCGCAGAGAAGACCAACAAGAUGGAGGGUUGUCAAUUUCCUGUAAUACAUGUGGAGCAUCAUGUCCUUUGAAAACUGCUAAUACCGCAAAUAACAAAGGACGGAAAUUUUACUCGUGUCAGUCAGAAGGAUGCAAUUUCUUCGUGUGGGAGGAUAGCCUCCAAAAUGGUGGAGGAAGACAUGGUGCAAAUGGAGGUGCCAGUAACUCAAGAGCUCAUUCCAAUAGUUUGGGUGGCCGUGGAAGGCGUGGAAGGGGUGGACGAGGUAGUAACAAUGCCACCGAUGGGACUUUUGUUUCUGCGACUGGUGACCCCGUUAGCGGCAGAUGUUAUGUUUGUGGAGAUCCUUCACAUUUUGCUAAUGUCUGCCCAAAUCGAUAUGCUUAAUGCCUUCCCCUGCAUGAAACUCUAGCUGCCUAUUCUCCUUUUCAAUGUCAAUCCAAUCUAAG